UAUAACAGUUGAGCAUCUACCCACUUUAUUCCUUCAAUCCUCAAUGUUCUUUCUCUCCUUGCAACCAAAGAAACUGUUUCCAUGUCGCUUCUCAUCAGAAAUUUUCUUACAUUUGCAAGUGAACGAAAAAUAUCUCCAUUAUUACAAAUAUCUUGUAAGCUUACAGAAUUUCAGGGAGUUGAUACAGAAAACAAUAUGGAUGAAGUAGAGAAAACAACAACAAAAAGAAUUAAGGUGGUUGAGAAAGCAAAACUGUCAAUAUCAUUUUAUGAUACAGCAUGGGUGGCUAUGGUCCCUUCUAAAGAAUCAAAGGAGAAGCCAUCAUUUCCAGAAUGCUUGGAAUGGGUUAUGGAGAAUCAGCAAGGUGAUGGAUCAUGGUGCCAUAAUCCAUCCUACCACCCAUUGCUUGUUAAGGAUUAUCUCUCAUCUACUUUGGCUUGUGUUCUUGCUCUUCACAAAUGGAAAGUUGGCCAAUCUCUCAUCAAAAGAGGUCUAGAAUUUAUUGAGGCCAAUUAUUGGGCUGCCACUGAUGAGAGACAAUUGACACCAAUUGGGUUUGAUAUUACAUUUUCUGCCAUGAUUGAACUUGCAAAGGAAUAUGGAUUAGAGCUUUCUUUUCUUUCUAAAACACUUGAUGUAUUACUACAGAAGAGAGACAGUGAAGUGGCAAGAUGUGAAUUGGAAGGAACCGAAGCCCAUCUAGCAUACUUAAUAGAAGGGCUUGGAGAAAAGUAUAAAUGGGAAGAGAUAAGUAAACAUCAAAGUAAUGGAUCAUUUUUUAACUCACCAUCAGCAACUGCAGCUGUUUUGUUUUACAAUCAUAAUCCACAAUGUUAUGAUUACUUGACCACCCUUUUAAAGAAUUCUGACAAUACAGUUCCCACUACUUAUCCAUCGAAAAUCUAUAGUCAGCUUUGUGCAAUAGAAAAUAUUCAGAAGUUAGGAAUUGAUGAUAUGUAUUUCAGAACAGAAAUAGAUAAUACUUUGGAUAAAAUAUACAGAUUAUGGGUGCAAAGAGAUGAAGAAAUAUAUUUAGAUGUGAAUUGUUGUGCUUUGGGAUUUCGUCUGCUACGAUUGAAUGGAUACGAUGUUUCUUCUGAUGCACUAGCACAAGUUUCUGAAGAAGAAUAUAUUUUCAAUUCAGCGGGUCCACAAUUCAAAAAUACAAAAACAAUUUUGGAAUUAUUCAAAGCCUCAAAAUUAAUGAUGUAUGAAGAUGAACAUGUUCUUGAGAAGUUAGAAGUUUGGACAUGUUCUCUUUUGAAACAACAAAUAUUGACGGGUGCCAUUAACGAUUCUAAACUACAUGAAGAGGUUGGUCAUGCUCUAAAAUAUCGUUACGACAAUCUAAAUUUUCUUGAAAUAAGGUGGGAAAUAGAGCUACAAAAAGCAACUUCUGUUCAACUUGUGAAAGCAUCUUAUAGUCUCAAUGACAAUAACAUCGAGUUGUUGGCGCUGGCCAUCCAACAAUAUAACAUCUGCCAAUCGUUGUAUCAGAAAGAAUACCAAGAUCUUGAGAGAUGGGUUAAGAUUUGCAGAUUUGAGGAACUGAAUUUUGCAAGACUUAUGCUACUUAAUUGCUAUUACACCAAUUCUGCAGUCCUCGUUGCUCCCGAAUUGGCUCAUGCUCGAGUUUCCAUUACCAAAAACUGUGUUCUAGCUACUGUUGUUGACGACUUUUUUGACAUUGCCGGUUCAAAGGAAGAAUUGGAAAACUUAGUCCAGUUAGUCCAAAGGUGGGGGGAAACAUCAACUAUUGGCUACCACUCGGAGCAAGUUAAGAUCAUUUUUUCAGCACUUGAAGAUAUGAUUAAAGAGCUCGACGCCAUUGCAUUCAAAUAUCAUGGAAGAAGCGUUGAGCAUCACUUGGUCAAAAUAUGGUAUGAAUUGCUCAAGUCUAUGAUGAAAGAAGCUACAUGGGCUCGAGAGAAUGCAAUACCUUCAUUAGAUGAAUACAUGGAAAAUGCCUACAUAUCUUUUGCAUUAGGACCAAUUUGUCAUGUAACAACAUAUUUUCUUGGGAUAACAUUACCUGAAGAAGUAAUGGUAGGGCCACAAGUGUAUGAUCUAUUUAAGCAUGUCAGCCUGGUUGGACGACUUCUUAAUGAUCUCAAAUCUUUCAAGAGAGAACGCGAACAAGGUAAAUACAACAGCGUAUCACUACGUGUACUUCAUAGUCAGGGAAGUAUGACAGAAAAAGAAGCUAUUGAAGGGGUAAAACGAGAUAUUGAGAAGUAUAGGAAAGAAUUGCUACGACUCUCUGUGCAAAAGGAAGAGAAUUCGCCUCCAAAACCUUUUAGAGAGUUAUUUUGGAACUUUAGUAACGUAUUGCAUUAUUUUUACAUGGAUAAUGAUGGCUAUUCAAAUCCUAAAAAUAAAAUGGCCACUGACGCAAAAAUUGUGCUUUGGGAACCGAUUUCUCGUUGA